ACACUCUCUCUCUCUCUCUCAUAAGCUAGCUGCCGCUCGCGCUUUCCCACCGCACCUUUCUCCGGCUCCAACCCGCGGCAAACUUUUCCGCCAUAAAAAGUGCCUCGGCGCCCGGCACGGCUGCGCUCACUAGCUAGCUCCACACUCCCCUGCUGCACUCACUGCCCGCCCAAGCCAGUGAGCCAGUGCAACGCGAGCAGAGGGGAUGAGCAUCAACUCCUGGUUCUACAAGCUGCGGCGCAAGAGGGGCGGGGCCAUCGCGGGUGGCGACUGGGCCACGGGGUUCGCCGACAAGCCGCCGGUGGCGCCGGCGCCGAGCCCCUGCUCCCCGAACAGGGCGUCCUACUACGUCCCGAGCCGGGACCGCGCCCUCCCGCAGCGCCCGCGCCCGCGCCCCGCCAGGGAGGACGACAACACCAAGCUCCGGGACACCCAAUUCCCGCGCAGCCCGCAGCCGAGCGACAUCGUCUUCGACGUCGUCGCGCGCCGGGACGACCGCUUCAAGCCCAUGCCGGAGCUCAAGCUGCGGCCCAUCCUCACCAAGCCGCCUGCCAGGGCCGACGCCGGCGCGGCCUCGGACAGCAGCAGCGCGGCCGCGUCGCCCACUGCCAGGGUGCGCCUACGGUUCCACGCGAGGCCGCUGCUGCCGACGGCGGACGAGGACGAGGCCUGCAGGCAAAAGAGUCGUCGUCGGCGGCGGCGGCGGCGGCGGCCGCGCGCUUCCAGGCUCCGGUCGUGGAUGUACGAGAGCCUGGUGGUGGUGAAGGAGUCGGCCGACCCCGAGGAGGACUUCCUGGAGAGCAUGGCGGAGAUGAUCGCGGCGAACGGCGUGCGGUCGCCGCGGGGGCUGGAGGAGCUGCUCGCGUGCUACAUCGCGCUCAACGCGCCCGACCACCACCGCGCCAUCGUCGCCGCGUUCCGGCGCGCGUGGGUGCACCUCCACUGCGUGCCGCCGCCGGCGAGGGGACGCUGCUGCAUGCACGAAUCACGAUUGGAUUAGCUACCUAGUUUACUUCACCGAUCGCUACGCGCAAACGCAAAGAUUGCGGCGUGCGUGCCUGCCGUGUAUAGCGUGGAUGAUCCGGGGCGCGCGCUAGCUCGCGCCUUCAUGUGAAAAAUUGUGGUGUGCUAGGGUGGAGUUGGUUAUGAUCAGGGUUCUUGCACAGAUCAGAACACCGGCUGCUGAUUUGUUUUUACUGCGUGGAAACAUCACUCUUGUUUGGUUGUUGAUGUUGCUGCUGAAAAGCUGAA